AUGGACUCAUCAAAUCAAUCGAUGACAUCGUUUCCCCGGCAAAACAAUAUCGACGACUAUUGGGAUCAUGGUGGUACUGGUGGUGGUGGUAGUGGUGGUGGUAUACCUAACAGACAAUACAGUCAAUCCCAACAACAACAACAAGAAAAUCAAAUACCAUUUAAUACUAAUAAUAUAAAUAUCAGUUCAUUGAAUAUAAUCUGGAAUUAUGUCAACAAAGAGCUGUUUAUAUCGAAAGUGUUUUAUUUUUUCUUCUUCUCGGCCUUUGGAUCGCUGUUCCCAUUAAUGGCCGUAUAUUUUAAACAAUUGGGAAUGAAUGCCAUUCAGGCAGGCACACUGAUAGGCAUUCGGCCAUUCAUUGAGUUUGUUUCGGCACCGUUUUGGUCAUCACUGGCCGAUCGCUAUCACAAAAGCAAACUAUUCCUAAUAUUUGCAUUGAUUUCGUGGAUAGUAUUCACCUAUAGUCUGGCAUUCAUACGGCCGCCGGCGUCCGCUUGCGUUAUAUUCAACGAAACCCAUCACAUAUUGUUUACCCCGUACUCCGACUACAAUACCAAUACACCGGUGCCCGACAUAGCCGACAAUAGCAAUAUUGAUAAUAAGUUAUAUAGACGACUCGUUAAAAGAGAUACCAAUGAUGUCAACGUUGAUGUUGUCGAUGAUGACGAUGAUGGCAAAGAUGAGAUGGAAAAAGAGUGGAUCCGCAAAUGGGGUGCYAAACACAAGCCCCCGCCCACCCAUAUAGUGGGCAAAUCGCCCCUAACAGUGGAAUAUACCCUAAACUAUAACCAAGAAAAACAUGUAUCCUAUGUUUCGCCACCUUUUUCGACAAUUGUCUACAAACUGGAUGAUGUCAAAGAGGUUUUCUUUCUGCUACUCCUAUUGAUAUUGUUGGGCGAGUUUUUCAGCGCACCGGCCAUAACGUUGGCCGACUCGGCCACCCUGGCAUACCUGGGCGACAACACCGACAGCUACGGCCAGCAGCGUAUGUUCGGCUCGUUUGGUUGGGGUAUAACCAUGUUUUUUGUCGGUAUGGCACUGGACAACUCUACCCGAUUUACCGAUCAUCCGUGCGGUGCCCAUAUUGGCGAACGAAACUAUGUAACUUGUUUUACAAUAUUUGCAUUGUUGAUGGCCCUGGCACUGGUAGCCAGCAGCCAAUUUCGUUUUGAUUACGACAAUAACUACCAGUCCCAGUCGAUCAUAGCCGGUACCGAUGAAAUCCAGUUGAAAGCCUACGAUUACGAUAGUUCCGGCCCUAAGCCGUGGCUAAAUCAGGCGCCGCCUAUCAAUAAGCCGCCGGAACUGUUGGCCAGAGACAAGAAGUUUGAGUUUAUCGAUAACUGGAAGAGUGCAGUGUUUGCUCAGCGCACCCGACAAAUGCCUCAAUGGGUUAAAGUGUUGCGAUCGUUGGCAAACAUGAGACAAAUAGCCUUUUUGUUUGUCACUUGGUUUAUGGGUUUCGGUAUUGGACUGGUGUUUACGUUUCUAUUCUGGCACCUACAGGAUUUGGGCGGUACGCCCACCCUAUUCGGUAUGGCAUCGGUUAUCAAUCAUAUAUCGGAGAUCUGUGCCUAUUUCUAUAGCUAUUCAUUGAUAACAACCUACGGUCACACUAAGGUGCUAUGCAUUGGCUUAAUCGGAAAUGUUGUCCGAUUUUUGUACAUAUCAUGGCUGGAUAACCCGUUUUGGGUGUUACCAUUUGAAUUGAUUCAAGGUGUAACUCACGCAACUGUAUGGGCGGCUGCUUGCAGUUAUGUGACCCAACAUACCGAUCCUGAACUAAGAUCAUCGACACAGGGAGUACUACAGGGCCUACACCAUGGAUUGGGUCGCGGAUGCGGUUCAAUAAUAGGCGGCAUAUUUGUUAAUCGCUGGGGUACCCGGGUUACAUUUCGACUAUACGGUGUCAGCAGUAUCAUAGUGUUGGCCGGUUUCAUACAUUUUAACUAUUAUAAGCCCACUGAGGGCUACAAUUUCUACGAGGAUAAUGACAACGAUAAUGUCAUAAUAGAUACAUCGGGUGCAUUGGCACCGCACGGUGUGCCCACUAAUCCAAUAGGACGGUCACAUUCACGACAAAACAUACAACAACAACAACAAAGUCCCGGAACCAAGAAUCCCGUUGACAAUAACAACGCGAUGAUUGUAAAUAACAAUCCCUUUCAAUUAGGCGGCGACUCCUAUUUGGAUCCCAAUAAUGUUUGGGCUACUAAUCAGCAGGGUACUGAUAUUAAACUUAACUAG